AUGGACAUGAGCCGUGUGCAGCGCAUCAAGCUUUCCAGCGUCACCAAGGUGUUGGGCAGGACUGGUUCUCAGGGACAGUGCACACGGGUGCGCAUAGAAUUCAUGGACGACACGAGCCGCUCCAUCAUCCGAAACGUGAAAGGCCCGGUGCGCGAGGGCGACGCGCUCACCCCAUUGGAGUCAGAGCGAGAGGCUCGGAGGCUGCGGCGAACUUGUGGCUGGGUGCUGGAUGUCUGGGUUGAC